AUGCCAACAGAUGCGGUUCUUGAAAAUCAAUUUGUAGGGAAUAGUAAGAUGGUUGGAAAGGGCCUUACUCGCAUUGGGACGAUCACAGGUGCUUUGGAGGAAUCUCAAUUUGUGGGACGAGAGAAAGAGAAGUCUGAUCUUAUAGAUCUAAUUGCACAGAAAGAAGACCAUCAACCUACAGUGAUCUCAGCGUGGGGAAUGGAAGGUCAUGGAAAAACUACUCUAGUCGAAGAGGUCUACCAAAGUCCAAAGCUAAGUGGUUUAUUUGAUUAUCGUGCUUGCAUCACAAUCAUUCAUCCAUUUAUUCUCGAGAAGGUCCUCAUGAGCUUAGUUAUUCAGCUAAAUGCGCAAUCCUCCAAUAGGAACGGCAGUAGCUUUGGGGUAGGCACUAAAGUAACAGGAGUUGAAGCAUUGAUUGAAUAUUUGGGUAAUAUUUUUAGAAGCAACAAGUGUCUAAUUGUUCUAAAUGAUUUGUUUUCUACUGCCGAAUGGGACAUGAUAAUACAAAGUUUCCACAACAUGAAGAAUGGAAGCUGGAUUGUAAUCACUACAAGGGAAGAAAAUAUUGCAAAGCAUUGCUCGUCAAAGAAAGGAAGCAUAUACAAGCUAAAGGUUCUAGAAAAUAAAGAUGCUCUUGACCUCUUCACCAAAAAGGUAUUGGUGCAGUAUAAUCUUGCUCCAUUUUUUCAUUUGUAG